AUGGGCAAUGUCAGUAGCAGACCCGACGAUGGGUCGACUCUGUAUCUCAGAGACCAGAAUCGCCUGAGCAUCACCUCGAUUGUUGUUACGAACCCGCGGAAGCGCACUUCCAUUCACAUCACUCCCAACGCAUUCCCGGCCAGCAGAGACCCGGAGUCUUCCAACGGCAAUGGACCGCCCAACUUCCUACUCAAGCUAAGCGGCGAUGAUGAGCUUAUAUUUACCUUCGCAUUUGUUAUCCGCCAGACGACGCAGCCCGCGCUAUCGAACUCGCCAAAUCUCGACGGCCAAACAGCGUCGACCGAUACCAACAUAUCUGGCCUCACCUUUGUCUACGCUUCCACCUCAAAGGAAGUCGAGAACCUAGUCACCCGAGAGUUCCACGCCAAUCCUAAUUUGCAUAAAAAUGACAAUGUGGCUCUCGUUGGGGAUUAUUCAACAAGCGGGAGCGCCGCGGUGUCCUUCGAAUGGACGUGGAAAUGGAAAGCUCCUAGUCGUCAGGAAGACAAAGGCGGUGGCUGGAGGAACUCUUGCAGCGUUCUUUGUCGAGUACGAUUCACGCGCUCACCGAUUGCACACUCUCGCUGCUUUUUCAUAUUGGGUUUCAAGUAUGCUCGGCCGGUUAAAGUUGCAAAGUCUUCUUGUUCAUACACAACACCAACUCAGCCCAGCUCCCCCUCGGCACCGUUCCUUUUGGCGUCACCACCCAAGAUCCGAAUUGCUUCAGCUCAAUCGGUAGACUCUCGCCUCGCCGCCGCAGAUAUUGACGAGCAGCCGCUCUCCCCCUUGCUCACCCCUGGAGAGAUGAACCUACCCCCUGUUCCGCAAACUAAAGAAUCUGCAAAGGUAGACGUACAAUGCGUUCCCAGGCCAGCCGAAGACGUUACUGUAGCCGACGAUGGUCCUGUUUUCCGCGCCACACUGAAAGCACUUGAACAAAAGACCGGAAACAUGCGCGCGCAGAUGAAAAAGGUGUUAAAGAGAGCAGAACAAGUUCAUACAUCUCAGACCGAAGCCAACGAAGCGUUUGUCGCUUUCGUGGAUGCGUUGCGCGAAGCCUCGUCUACGAAUGCAAAUGCCGUUCAGCCUGCGUUGGAGCACUACUUUGACAAGAUUGCUCGAGAAAUCCUGGCUUACGAACGCCAAAAUACCGCGAAUCUUCAGAAGAUCAUUAUCGAACCCAUUACCAAAUUAUAUCAGUUUGAUAUUAAGCAAGCAGAAAAUAAGAAGCGAGAUUUCGAGGAAGAGAGCAAAGACUAUUAUGCCUAUGUUUCACGAUAUCUUGGACAGCGUCAAGACUCAGUCAAGGCUAAGAAGCUUGCUGAAAGCGAUUCUAAAUAUCAAAACAAGCGGCGAAAUUUCGAGCUAAAGCGCUUUGACUACUCAAGUUUCGUCCAGGAUCUCCAUGGUGGUCGCAAAGACCAAGAGGUGUUGUCACAUCUGACAAAGUUUGCCGAUGCACAAGCGGGUUCAUUUUUGUCUACAGCGCAAAAGAUUGAAAAUCUUCGCCCCCAGCUUGUUGCUCUGGCAAACGAGGUCCAAGAGGCCGACAAGGAAUACCAAUACCAGCGAAGGGAGCGCGAGGAGAAGCGGCGUCAACUAGAACAGAGCAACAAGACGUACACAGAACCGGAACAAGCCAGCCUCGGCAGCGCCGCAACUAUAGUGGCAAACUCUAACAACAGCACAGCCCAUACCUCAGAUACGGAGCUUGGAAGAGCUGAAAGCACGGGCUCUCAGCUCAAGCCUUCGACCUCGAGCGGCGCUGUGCAAACAACUGCGACUAUUCCCGCACCUGCAGAUAUCGGCCAAGCCUCGGCUAUCGGCAGCCCCAGCCAGAGUUCAAAGUUCAAAGGCAUCCGUGAUCUUGAGGACCAGAGUAGCUUACAAUCAAACUUAUCACAGAGAAAGGAAGGUCUUCUCUGGGCAUUGAACCGGCCAGGCGGGCACGUUGACCCUCGCAACUUGAACAAGCAGGGAUGGCACAAAUUUUGGAUCGUUCUAGAUCAGGGUAAACUGUCCGAAUACAGUAAUUGGAAGCAGAAGUUGGAUCUCCACAUGGACCCCAUUGACCUCCGCAUGGCUUCGGUCCGCGAAGCCAGAAAUGCCGAGCGGCGAUUUUGUUUCGAGGUCAUCACGCCCAAUUUUAAGCGUGUGUAUCAAGCAACGUCCGAGGAGGAUAUGAACAGCUGGAUUUUGUCCAUCAACAAUGCUCUGCAGAGCGCCGUGGAGGGCCGAGCUUACCGGGAUCGACAAGCAACAUCAAGGGGAUCUGAUUCUUCUCUUAAGAGGGACAUCGGCUCCGUUCUCACUGGCAAAAUUCAAUCCGUUCAUGGCUCCCACCACUCGCAUCACUCCAAUGCCAAUAGCGGGGUUCCGUUCCGAAGAACAACGGUUGGCGCACGGCCCAGUCCAGUGCGGAUGCCCAGCUCGACUUACGAUGAGCAUCCAGACAGGCUAUUGCAGAUGUUGCGAGAUAAUGACCAAGGAAACUGCUACUGUGCUGACUGCGGCUCGGAUAUCAAGGUUGAGUGGGUAUCGAUCAAUCUGGGCAUUAUUCUUUGCAUCGAAUGCGGCGGCAUCCAUCGUUCGCUAGGAACGCACGUCAGCAAGAUACGCUCCCUCACUCUGGAUAUCAAGUCCUUUACUCUCGAUAUUGUCGAAAUGCUCCUCCUCGUCGGUAACCGAGUGUCCAACAUGGUCUGGGAAGCUAAGCUUGACCAGACUCAAAAGCUAGGAGCGCAAGCAAACCGCGAGCGACGCUUAAGAUACAUCACUGCGAAAUAUGUGGAACGCGCAUUUGUCGAUCCUAUUUCGCCGACACUUUCACGAUAUGCCUCAGCGGACGAAACUUUGUUGGCUGCUAUUAAGAAGAACGAGAUCCAGCAAGUGCUCUACGCUUUGGCGCUGGGGGCGAACCCAAAUGUUGUGGACAAGAUGCGAGGGACGCACGCUGUGUGGCUAGCGCUUGCGGCCGCCGACCCAGCCUCACCGUCUCCCAUUCCUGGGCAAAGCUCAACAGACUCUGAGAACAAGCCGGUGCCUUUCCCCGUAGCCGAACUGUUGAUUCAGAAUGGCGCGGAAAUCCCAGCAUCUCUUCCGGCAUUCCCGCUCGGAAGGUACGCGCAGCAAUAUUACGAGCAGAAGAAGGGCAAAGGGUUCACCAUUGGCGGCAACGAUACGGUGCCCUCGUUACCCACCAGCGGCAGCAGCUCCGCUGAUAGGCUUCUAAAAGACAAGGAAGUUCGUCUUCAGAAGCGAGUUAGUGCAGGGGGGAGGCUGGCAAGGUCGCCCAUCCCGGAAAAAUAG